ACCGGUAUAAUAAUGGCGAUGACGUCAUAACAAAUUUUGACAGGUGGAAAGUCUUGUUUCUAUUUCUUCCAUAAUGUUCAAAAAAUUAAAGGAUAAAAUAGCUGAGGAAGUUAAGCAAUCUCCGCUACGAUUGCCCACUUCUGUGCAACAGCAUCUUUCUCAGUAUUCUCCUUUCACUCGGGAUGCACAAAAUGGUGAUGUCACAGAAACCCACCAGAGCCUUAACAGCCUAGGCAAUGGUGAAUCAACAAUCAAAAGAAUGCCAGAGACUUUAGUUGAUAUUGCCGAAGAUUCAGCAGAAACGGCAUCAAGCGCAUUUAGCAUAGCUGAUGGAGACAGUCGACCUUCAUCACCAGCAGGUGCAACGAAAGAAGAAAAUUUCCAACCUGUCAAUUUAAAUGAACCUAAACGAGAAAUGAUUACCAGCACUCCCCAACCUUCUAGCCACUUCGGUCGGCUAUCCCGCCAGUCUUCACUUAGUUCUGUUUUCAGUGAUGUUUCGUUUCUUCCUGGAACGUCAGAUUCUACUUAUCAUCCAUAUCAAUUCCAAUCUGAUCUAGAGUCUAAUGUCAGUGAAUUUGAUGAUUCUGCCAGCCAAAGUGGACAGCAUGCUGUUGAUCGAAUAUCCAAGGAGCACGUUUAUAACGCCUAUCAGAAAAUGAGGGUACGCUAUCACAAGUAUAAGGGCCGCUACUCUGACUUGGCGCGGCACUACAAGGAAGCUGAACGAGACAGAGAGAAGGUUAAGCACGUACUAACGGAGACACAAGAUCGGAGUCUGCGAAGGAUAUCGGAACUUAAAGAACAAUGCGUUCUAGAACAACAAGCCAAAGCUCAUUUGGAAGAGAUCUUAAGAUCGGACUUGGAAGAAAAGGACAACUUGAUCACUGUUCUGCAAACGAAAGUCAAGCUCUUGGCUUCCCCGAUGUCUUCUGCAUCCGACGGAACAUUAAUAGAUUUCAACAAUGCCGAAAGUAGCAGGAAAUCGUCUGACGAAACCGACAAGGAUUCGAAAGAAGGCCAUAUUACAGAAGGUGAAGUUCAGCAGCUGAAAGAAAAACUUCAUCGCUUUGAGUCGCUCCUUAUGAAAUGCAAAGAGAACAUUAAACAUCACAUCGAACGUAAUAGUGAGCUGCAGGCGGAAAAUAAAAUUUUAAAGCAAACAGAAGCCCAGAAAAGUGAAGAAGCCGAAAACAUCCAGAAAAUGCACCGUGAUCAACUAGCUCAACUUACAGAAAGUUUAAACAUGGCCCGAACAGAAAUUGAAACUCUGCGACGUCAAGAGCAAGAGGCUGCAUUAGCGUCUGCUGAGACUAAGCAGAAAGUUCAUGCUGAACUUCUCGAGCAAGAAGAAAAAAUGGUUCGACUGCGCAGCGAACGUGAUCAACUUCAUAAUAAGGUUACUCAAAUGGAAACCGAAAUUGAGACCAUCAAAGGACAGACUGCAAAGCAGUUGGAAGAGACAGAAACAAUCAUUGAGAUGGAAAAACAAAAGCUGCUGAAGGAACUUUCACGUGGUAAGACUGAGGCGCUCAAACUUAUGGAGGAAGACAUGACACAACGUUUGGAAAAUUUGAAGCAGGAGAGAGAUGCGCAUUGGGAAGCUAUCAUGCAGAAAAGAUUAAAUGAUGAGGUAGAAAACCACGCAAGAACGCUACGUCAAACCGAAGAGCAUUAUCGUUCAAGAUUGGUUGAAAUGCAAGAAGAAAAAGCUUUGGCCCUAGAAGAAAAAGAAUUGUAUUGUGCUUCACUUGUUUCACGUGAACAGAACAAUCAACAGGGACUUCAGGAUGAAAUUACGAAACUAAAACGCGAAAUAGAAGCUAAAGAUAAACUAGUGGAAAAGGUUCGAGAAGAGGGCUUAGAAGAGCGGCGAUCUUGGGUUCAGCAGAUAGAGGACAACCGACAGAGACAUUUAGAGGAACUCCAUUCUGUGAAUUUGCAAAGCGAGCAGCUUAUAGAAGAACAGAAAGAACGUCAUCAAAAUGCAAUCGAUACAGCAAUCCUAGAUCUAAAGCAGCAACAUAGAAAGGAAUUGGAAAAAAUUCAACAACAACACGAAGAACUUCUUCAAGCAGCAAACGAAGAUAUGGAAUCUUCAGCCAAGAAUCAAAUUGAUCAGCUUCGCGCUCUUUUGCGAGAUAAAGAAUCCGAGAUAUCGCAUCACACCGCAGCUCAUCAAAAAUUACAAGAUGUUCUGAACAGUAAAGACCUUAAUAUCACAGAUCUUACAAGCCAGAUCAACAGUCUGCAAGAUCAGCUCUCUUCUAUGGAUGCUUUGUCGGUGCAAUUAAAUUCGGCAUUAGAAAAGGCUAAAUUACUCGAACCAUUGAAUUUGGAACUUGAAAACGCCAAAGAUGAGCUUCUAUCCAGAAAUUCUUACGUCCUCCAGCUAGAAGAACAAAUUAAAGCUCUGAAAACGGGAGCAGAAAACGAUCAAGCUCAGGCCUCUCGGCUUCAAGAUCAACUAGCGGAAAAUGAAAAAAAAAUUGAUAUCUUGAAAACUCAAGUAGAAGACCUGAAUGCUAUAGUAAAACUAAACAAGGAAGAAUUGGCUUUGCUUGACACCAUAAAGUUGGAAGUCGCCGAAUUGAAAAACACACUUGAACAGAAGGAGAAGUCAAUUCUCCAGUUGCAAGCUGAGGUUAAGGAAGCGACCGAUUCGUUGGAUGCCAAACAAUGUGAAUGGCAACAAACUGUUGAUGAGUUGACUAACCAAUGCCAAAUCGCACAGUCGGAAUUGGCAGCUGCCAGAUCGCUGAUUGAUACGAAAGAUCACCAGAUGAUCCAAUUACAAACAGAGCAUGAUCUUCUGGUUGCAUCUGAAUCUCAACUUAAAAGUAUUACUCAGGAGAAAGACCUCUUAAUAGCCUCAAGAGAAUCUGAGCUUGUUACCCUGAAAUCGGCGUUCUCAGAUCAAGAAAACCGUAUCACCAAAAUGCUAGAAGAAAGGUCUCAGUCUGAGCGUGAGAAAGAAGAAAUCUGUCAAAAGCUAAUUGCGGUAGAAGCCGAUUUAUCGACUAUUCAUCAAACCAAGGAUCAACUUAUCGCAGAAUUACAUGAAAAAAUUAAACAAGCCGAAUGCAACCUCAAGGAAAAAGAAACUGAAUGGGAGGAAAAGGUACAAGAAUCAACCAAUAAAAUGGAAGAAACACUUUCAGAGUUGCUUGAGCUCAGAACCAGCUGUGCUGCGAAAGAGGAAGAAAUUCUUAAACUGGAACAGUCACAGCAUAAAUGGGUAAUCGAAGAAUCUUCGUUAAAAUCGGCUGCGGAAGAAAGUGAAAGUCGUUUACGUGCUAGUGAAACAGAGUUACAACGGCUCAAGGAAAUCGUGGAUGUUAAAGAACAACGCAUCACUGAGUUACAUGAAGAACUUCAACACACUAAUCAAACCUUAAACGCUCAAGAUUCUGAGUUGAAGAAAGCAAAUCUAGGCUUGUCCGAUUCCUUGAAAACUGCUCAAGUAGAAUUAGCUGACUUGAAAGCUAAUCUCCUACAGUCUAAUUUGCUUUCAAGUGAAUGGAAAGAAAAAACAGUCGAAUUGACAGAUCAGCUGAAUAUUACCCGAUCGGAAUUGCAAGGAGUAAAGUCUUCAUUUGAAACCAAUGCAAACGAGAUUCAAAAAUUAGAGGAAGUAGUGAAUCAGAUGCAAUCACUUAUCGAGGAAGGUAAACAACAAUUACUUGAUGCCGAAAUCCAAUUGAAUGCCACUAAGCAGCUGCUCAAUGACAAGGAAACGCAAAUUGCUGAGCUGAAAACCACUCAUUCUACCUUAGAAUGUACUACUAAUGAAUCAGCACGUCAAUUAGAUUUGCUAAGCCAUUCUUUAGCCGUCAAGGAAAGCGUCAUCAUUGAUUUACAGAGCGAAGUUGAGCGAAAUGGUCAACUAAUGUCUGAAACCAACGCUUUAAUUGAGGAACAACGAUUGCAACUGGAGGUACUAAAACAGUCGCUGGCUGAUAAAGAAAAUCUGGCUGAGCAAUACAAGAACCAGCUUUCCUCUGGCAAAACAGAAUGGCAGCUUAAAUUAGAAGCUGUAAACGAUCAACUGAGCGCUGUUAAACGAAGUGAGGAGGAAUCACGGGUUCAGCUUGCCUCAAAAGAAGACACGCUCCAAGAAAUGGAAUUGAACUACCGCAAUGAAAUGGAAAAGACAUCUCAACAACUUGCGGGAUGCAUUAGUAACUACACAGUCUCUGGAACUGGAGUUAAAGACGAAAGUGAAUGAACUCGAAAAUGUUGCAGCUCGUGCCAUGGAAUUGGAAAUGAAACUACAGUUGUCGACUGAUCAACUUGUUCAAAAAGAGAAUGAGCAAGAAACCCUUAAAGCAGAAAAUAUCAAAUUGAACAUGGAGCUCGAACAUGCAAAAAGCAAAACUGGCUCACUAGAGUUAAUGCAAAGUCA